UGUAUUGCUUUUUGUAUACGCGUCUUAUAUGAAGAAAACAAAAUGUCCUGUUGACAGGCUUAUAUCACAGUCCGAUUUAAAUGUAACGGUAUUGUACCCUGAUGAAGUCGGUGGUCGUUUACCAAACUUCCCAAACUGUACGAUGAACGUAUCAUUAGGAAAUGAGAUUUAUUUGCACGUUUGCUACUAUCAAAAUGUGCAGGUGGUAGAUAUUCGGAAAUUCAUAGAGCAGAGAGCGCAAUUUAUCGGUAUUGGGCUUAUGAAACAAAAUUGGUACGCUCUAAGAGAGAGAAUGGCUGAAAUAUCGGAAUAUCUGCAUGAUUGAUGAGUGUCAUUGAGACAAUAUUUUUAGAUAAAAGUAAACCCAUGUGCAUUAUAUGUCAUUUGAUGUCAGACGAGCAUCAUGAACGGUCUACCAGUAUCUGUUAGGGCAUCGUUAAAUUUUGUUCUACACGAACAAUUUACACCCCGUGGUAAAGAACCAGUGGAUAGUGUUUUUGUAGUGGGUCAGGAUGUGUACGAUGAGUUGGUUGCUCAAAAUGAAAACGUCAAAAUCAUCUCUCUUGGCAAUAUAAUGAUUGGGGGGAAUCUUUUCUGUCUGAAUCGCAGUAUACCGAUGAAACAGAAAUAUGGGCCAUUUGAGAUGUCUGAAAUUUUCACAAUGGAGCGAUGCACGGUGUGGGAGCCUGUUGAAUGCAUGGAAUAUCUUGCAAAAUUUUCGGAUAUUCUAGCGUUAUCUAGGCCGGAAGGUUGGGAACUGCAGCAAAACGGAAAAGUUGUAUUGCAACGAUUUCCCCCUGAUUAUGUGCGAAAAUCACUCGAAUUUGCAUUUUCAUCCUACAAACCUGAAUUGGAAUUGUGCGAUGGUGUCAUCGUGGUUCCUGGCACAAUUUCGCGUGAAGAAAGUACUGAUGAUCCACGUGUUACAGUUAUCGAAAGAGAUACAUUGCACAUCGUUAAAAUCGAAAUAGCUCCUAAACACUGGUUCAUUUUGCAAAGCUGUCGCUCAGCAUAUUAUGAAAAUGACAGUAACUAUUAUCUGGCAUUUAAGGAUGCAAUGCAAUAAAGGUGAACGUUUGAACGAGUCGGAACACUGAAUUGAUGGAUGCUACUGUAUACCUGUAAAAAGCAUACUUAAUAAAUUGUCAAUGGUGAAUGCACGUCAGCGUCUAAGUCCUUUAAAGUAUAGAAGGGUAAGUUUAUAUUGUUUUGUUCAGACUGCCAGUAGAUGUCCGAUAUCGGGUUAGCGUUUACUAAAGACGUGCUACUUUUUUUAUUUUUCAGUAAACAGCAGUUGUAUAAUGGAAAAAAAUAGUGACAGAGACGCCGAAACACACCGCAGUUACGCCGACGUGGUGUCUGAAAAGAAGCAUCCGUGUAUCGUCAUCAACGACUCAGACGAUGAAUUCGCAGACUCACCCACAUGGACGAUAGUAGAAAAUCGCAAAAGGAAAAGACACUCGCGUCUGUCCCUGAAGAAAAGGCAGAAGAAGGCGGAUGUCACACCUAAAGCGUCAGUCGCAGCAUCUGUGAAAGUGGAAGACAAACGGCCAGUGAAAAUUGGGAAAGCGACAUGGAAGACGCUGCGACACGCACCCCCGUCUCCUGUAAAGAAGACAAAAACAUCUGCUGAGACACUCAGAACUGCAAGUGCAACAACAUCAACAGCUGCAAGGGCAUCACCAAUAGGUGGGACAACACCAGCAGUGCCAUCUCACAACAAUGAUGAUCAUCCGAUUGAAGGGGUGUCCCGCAAUAAGACGGAUCGUUUGAUCGAAACACUGAAUUCCAUCAUGGCAGAACGGAUGCAACGGGGAAAAUAUGGACUACCGCGUGAAAUGACGGAGCCACACGAAUUCAGGGCAAUGGAAAGGGUAGUUAAACCGUUUUAUAUAACAAUAAAUACAUGUACAUGUAGACGUAGGCCUAACAAUGCUGGUGAUGAUGAUGAUGAACCCAGAAUCCCACCAUCACAAAUACCGGGUUCGCACCAAGCGCCUGCUGUUGUUGAUGCAUCUGCUGUUGUUUCCGUUGUUGAUGAACCGUAUGAAAUUCCGGAUUUCCUACUGGAGACAAUUUCUCCGCCUGGUUCUCCGCUCCGUAGAGUAUCUCAAGGAGACCAGGACACAUCCAUACAGGUCCCACUGAUUGAUGCGCAUCAGCAACAACAGCAACAGGUGGACGCGAACUCGGUCGAGUGUUGCACGCCCCCUGUAAAUCCGAUUGCUGGUUUACCUGUGACAGACGAUUCUGCAACCAGUUCAGAAUUGCUUGAAUUAUUGUCGGGCGGGUUUGAAAUGCUAAUGGAAACGUGUGACACAGAUGCACCACUAGUUGAUCUAUUGCAUGGGGCACACGAUUCUGUUGGGCAUUCAGGACCUCCCGAUGAUGUAUUGUCAACGCUGUUCAGCUCAACAGAGGUUUUGUCUGGCACAGGUGAACGUGUGCUGCAAUCGGAUAAAUCUCCGACAGAGCCAACUGCUCCUCUUGCUAUCUCGACAACGGGGACUGAUGAAAAUCAAUCAAAUAGGCGCCUCUGUGAGAAUAUGCAAUGGGCGACGCAUAUGAUCGAAGAGCUCGCAAACGGUCAGCGUUUCCUUGAGCCGCUCCCGAGUAAGCAAAGUAUAAUUCUAGACGCAGUUAUAGAGCGGGCGAAACCUUUGCAUACACUGGAGCGGCAAACCAACGAUGUUUAUCACAGUUCUCAACAGGCAACUACGUCAGCCGCUUACGUGAUUCCACCUAGUAAGAGGCCAGUUGAUUUUCAUGCUGGAAUAAAGCAAGGGGUACGAAGUAGAGUGGAAGGUAACCGCCCGAUUCUUAGGAGUCUACUUUCAGAGGGAAAUAUACCUGUACAUUCAGAUGUCGGAGAUCGGUACGGUAAGGGCAACAUUGCACAAAAACCUCUAAAAGUGCAAAAUGUUCCUGAACGUACCAUUGUACACCAGUCUUUUUUAGGGGUGGGUCCACACAAACAAAAAGUAACCUAACAGGUGUGCAGACUGGUGGUAACAGGGUUGUUGCGGGCAACGCUCGAAGUGUUGGUGAUACGUUUGAUGAUGAUGAUGAUGAUGAUGAUGAUGAUAAUGAUGAUGAUGAUAAUGAUGAAGAAGGAACACCGUCCAUUGAUAAUGAGUCUGACUCUGAUGGGGAUGCGGAACGUGAACCAGCGUUUCGUGUCUUAAGCGUUGGUGAAACAUACGUUCGAAAAUAUAAACAAAACGCCAUAGAAAUGAAAAUUAGCGUUGAUGGUUUGGAAAAAAGUACUUCAUACAAUGAUGUACUUUUCCAUCUGUCCAAUGUCUUUUCGGAACUUUUGGCCACACUUAUGCGGAACGUCGAUUCUCAAGACAGAGUCAGACUUAUUGUGUCGGGGGAGGGUCUGCGUCAUAUCAGUAUACCGUUCAUAGCCCCUGAUCAGAUGACCGUAGAGAGGAUUUUAACACACUUGGAAAGGGUCACACAGUCAAAUGAUACGUGGCUUUUUAAAGGGGUAUUUCACGUGAGUUUCAUACAUGUUAGGUUGCCGAUCGGUGGUCAGUACGCCAGGGGUAUUGCAUGUCCUGAAAAAAGGGUGAAAGACAAAGCUACUUUUGUCGAAAUAAAAAACAAAGACAAUCUUUGCCUGGCACGUGCAAUAGUGACGGCAAGAGCACGUGUGUUAAACGACCCGAACUAUGAAGGCAUCCAAAAAGGUUACAUCAAGCACCAACUCCGAUUAGCUUCCGAGCUUCACGAAAAAGCAGGGGUGCCCCAGAAAAAAUGCGGGAUUCCAGAGAUGCGAAAAUUUCAGGCAUAUCUGGCUCCAGAUUUUCAACUAGUGGUAUUUUCUACGCAUACUAUGAACGGUGUAUGUUAUAAGGGGCCGCCUGCACAACAUCGCUUGAAUAUCUAUCAUUACGGUGAACACUAUGCCCCUAUUAUGACUAUGACCGGUUUCUUAGAAAAAGCUUAUUUUUGCCCUCAUUGUGAUAUAGGUUUCAAGAAUUACAAAACACAUAUUUGCGACAAAACUUGUGCCUGUUGUAAAAACGAUGAGGAUUGUCCCAUCGUUAAGUGGCGAAACUGUACCGAUUGUCUACGGGUCUUCAAAAGUAAUACGUGUUUUGACAGACACCUUGUCAAAAACCGAAACGAUAAGAGUGUGUGCGAUAUUUUCAAAAAAUGUAAAACAUGCGCUAAGUGUUACGAAGUGCGGCGCGGAAAGCAUACAUGCUACAUGUCUUUUUGCCAUAUUUGCGGGUUGAACAGGCCUUUCGCACACGACUGCUAUAUAAAGAAAACUGUGAUAAAGAAAAGGGAUCCUGGUGACCCCUUAGAAUUUAUGAAGUUUGUAUUCUACGAUUUUGAGUCAACACAGGAGAAGAUACUGGCUGAUGGUUCAAAAGAGCACGUGCCCAAUCUGUGUGUUGCACAGCGUUGCUGUCUUUUUUGUGGGAGGGAACAAAGCGCUGAAAAUGAUGACGACUUGAGCUGUAUUGUGUGCGGUGACAGACGUGAUGAAUGCGUCUUCAAGGGGGCGGAUACCGUGACGGAAUUUUGUGAAUGGUUAUUCAACGGCGAAAAUAUGGGUCGAGUGGCAAUCGCUCACAACAACAGGGGUUACGAUGCUUUCUUCAUCAUACAGUAUCUUCAUCGUGUUGGUAUUAAGCCCACAAACGUAAUACAGGUGGGACAGAAGUAUCUUUCAUUCGAAGCGUGCGGUAUAAAAUUCCUGGAUUCAUUGAGUUAUUUGACAAUGCCGCUGAGUGCAUUUCCGAAAACGUUUAAUCUGAAAGAGUGUCGAAAGGGGUGGUUUCCCCAUCACUUUAAUACAGCAGAAAAUCAAAAUUAUGUCGGGGAGAUACCCGACAUGAAGUACUUUGACCCUGAGAGCAUGUCUGUUGACGGUAGAAAGGAAUUUAUGUUGUGGUACGAAAAUCAAAAAGGAAAAGAUUACAACAUGUUCGAGGAGCUUCUUGCAUACUGUAAAAGUGACGUUACGAUUCUCCGUCGCUGUUGCGUCUUAUUCGC